GCUUCUCCUACAGAUAAUGCGCUGCACGGUCCAGGGAAUCACACCCCAAGUAACACAAGCGAUGGACCCGGAAAGAACACCACCAUUAACAACGAAUUUGACACUGUCGUCUUGCCUGGGCUUUACCUCGUUAUAUUUGUGGCAAGCAUCUUGCUGAAUGGUCUAGCAGUGUGGAUCUUCUUCCACAUUAGGAAUAAAACCAGCUUCAUAUUUUAUCUCAAGAACAUAGUGGUUGCUGACCUCAUAAUGACGCUGACAUUUCCAUUUCGAAUAGUCCACGAUGCAGGAUUUGGACCUUGGUACUUCAAGUUUAUCCUCUGCAGAUACACUUCGGUUUUAUUUUACGCCAACAUGUACACUUCCAUCGUGUUUCUUGGGCUGAUAAGCAUUGAUCGCUACCUGAAGGUGGUAAAGCCAUUUGGCGACUCUCGCAUGUACAGCAUAACCUUUACAAAGAUUUUAUCUCUUGGUGUCUGGGUGCUCAUGGCUGUUCUGUCCUUGCCAAACAUCAUUCUAACAAACGGUCAACCAACUAGGGAAAACAUUCAUGAGUGCAUGAAACUUAAGAGUCCUUUGGGAGUGAAAUGGCAUAAGGCCAUCAUUUAUGUCAAUAGCUGCUUGUUUGUGGUUGUGCUAGUGAUGCUGAUAGGAUGUUACAUAGCCAUAUCCAGGUACAUCCACAAAUCCAGCAGGCAAUUCAUAAGCCAGUCAAGCCGAAAGCGAAAACAUAACCAGAGCAUUAGAGUGGUCGUGGCUGUGUUUUUCACCUGUUUUCUACCCUAUCACUUGUGCAGGAUUCCUUUUACUUUUAGUCACUUGGACAGACUUUUAGAUGAAUCGGCACACAAAAUCCUAUAUUACGCCAAAGAAAUGACACUUUUCUUGUCUGCGUGCAACGUGUGCCUGGAUCCAAUAAUUUACUUUUUUAUGUGUCGCUCAUUUUCAAGAAGACUGUUCAAGAAAUCAAAUAUCAGAACAAGGAGUGAAAGCAUCCGAUCACUGCAAAGUGUCAGAAGAUCAGAGGUCCGCAUAUACUAUGAUUAUACUGAUGUGUAGGAGUUAAAGGCCACGAGGCCCUCUCUUGUUUGUUGAAGUCAAUAUGUACAAAGUGUAAAUAAAUGUCUUUUGAUUACCCUCGCUUGAGCCCAUCGAAAUAUGGAUGAAAAGAGAACUGAAAUGAUAUGAAAUUGGGGUAUAAUUUGGAACUGAGAAAAACAUCACGGCAUACCAAAAAAGUGAAAUUAACAAGAGGUAGUGUGUCGCUGAGUGGCAGGGAUCAUGGCUCAAGGUUGAAGGAGCAGAUUACAGGUGCAGAAAAGGCCACAGCAAUGCCAGCGCACUGCAGGAAAUGCUUCCAGGAAAUGCUGGUGCUCUGAAGCCACUUCUGAGAGAAGAGGAAGUAGAGAGAACUCUAUCUAACCUUGAUCCCUAAGAUUUGGGAAAGAAAAUGCUGUUUUCAACACAGCUCAUUCACUGCAGAUGUAACUGAGUAAAUAUGGAUUGCUAGGUCUUUCUGUCAUUGUAUCUAUGGCCCAUACACAACCUUUAGCCAUUAUCCCCUGUCUGUGUUUAUUUAUGUCUUAUGCACAUGAGAAAAACUUGCACAGUGCGGGGGGUAGGCAAGAAAGUUCAACUGUGUUUUUUUAAGCAGCGCAUUUGAAAGACUUAAGUCAAUUAACUGAUUUUAAACCGGUUAUUUCAGAGGAAAAAAAAAGUGUGACAACAGAAAAAAAGAGUAUUAAGACAAGUAGAUUUUGGAUAAAACACUCUGAACUUAUGUUUGCCAUUAUUAUACCCUAUGCUGCAUUUGAAUCCUCAUGUACUAAGGGUAGGGAAGAGAAUGUGAAGGCUUGGUUAAUAAUCAAGUAUAUAUAGUUUAUUCAAAAGCCACUUAAUAGUCCUUAUUUUAGAAAAACUAGAGUUUUAAAAUAGUCUUCCUUUUGAGCUAUAUCCCAUCAUUAAUAGGGAUAUCAUUCGUUUAAAAGUAACACCCUCAGUUGAAGAACGGAGCUCAAUAAAUCAAGUCAAAAAAGAUUGAGUAGCUUUUAAAAUCUUAGAAUAGUUUCUCCUUCGAUAUAAACCUUUGAGCCUUCAUUCUUUUUCAAAGCCUUCAGCUGCUUGACCACUGACUAGAUGCCUGAUUUGUUCCUAACACUCAACAAGGAACCAGGGGGAGCAUUAAAAGAACAGGAGUGAAGGCAUGUUUGCUGAGGAAAAGGGAACAUUACCGGUUAACGGAGACAAAGCAGACAUACACAUGCAAAACAGUACGAUAUUUUCUUUAGACUCCUGUAAACGAUCUGCGAACUUCUAAAAAGCUAAAGUGAGCAAAAAAGAAGUCAAAUAUCCCACUCAAAAGUGAUAUUACCCACUUCCGUGUGUGUGUGUGUGUGUGUGUUUGUGUGUGUAUUCUGUUAAAGGCAUGUUCACCUUAGAACCUAAAAACUAAGAACCUACCAUCUUUAAUAGCAUCAAAUGGCUCCAUUUGGUGCUCUGAAAUUUACCAAACCCCAGACUUCAUUUAAUCCUCUAAAAUUCAGGCCUCAGUCUAAGAGGUCCUUAAAAUAUUUCAAUCCCACUUUCAUGUUUCUAAAACUGGAUUGCUGUAGAGUUAGUGGGUACAUUUUAUGUAAGGGUGGCUUUAUUCUCUGAAAUUACAUGAUUAAAUCAAUGCGACAUGUUAAAACAUUGACUUAGGAAAAAAAUAGAAAGUAUUAUCCCUAUUUUUUUAAAACCAUAUUACAAAAACAUCAGAAUCAUACUGCUUGUUUUUUACACCAAUGCUCACAUUGUGGUCACAAAAAUUACUUAUCCAGGCCAACCAAGAAUGAAUCAUUUAUAUGACUAACAUAAUAUCAACAGGAAUAGCAUAAAAUAUUGUGCUGGUGUCAUAAGUUAAUACAAACUACUGCAUUAAUAUUGAAGAAAACAAGAAUUCUAUUUGACUGGUUUUCAAUUAAUUGAUAAUUUGGAAACAAUCUUAAACUUGAAAUCUAAAAUUUCUUACAUGAAGCCUUUGGAUUAUAUUCAAUAUUUCAGGACCCUCUUAAGGCAGCAAUAAAUAACAAAGUUAUUCUUUAUUUUAUGCAAAUGAGGAACAUAUUCAGAUACUUUCAAAAAGAAAUUUUUCUAUUACUCAUAAAACUUACAUGCAGAGAAACUGACCUAAUAGAAAAUCUUCAGUGGAUUACUAACUCUGUUAUAUUCAUUAUACCAUUCGUACCAUUUUAUUCGCAUUUCCAAACAGUAUACCAGAAUUUUGUUUCUCAACUAAAGCUUCAAGGGAAUGGUAACUAGGAAAAUCCAUAAAUUUAGGUAAAUAGCUAAGCCAAAAUUGUGCAUAGAGACAGUACAACCUAAAACACAAAUUUUAUGAUCACUUUGGAGAAAUGUGAUAUACAAGAAAAAACUAAACAAAAAAACAAGGGCAAAAUAAAGCUUGGGGGUCACUUAAAUCUCAUAAAUAGAUA